GUUAUUUUUUAGGAUUUACUUUUAUAACUAUGAAUGCACAAUUGGAAAAAAAAUUUCUAGUGAUUUGCAGUAAAUGUAUUUUUUUUCGAUAGUCUUGUAACUGAAAAAGCUUUAUUUGAUUAUCCUAUAUGAAAAUAUACCUUAGUACUAAAAAAAACAACUUAUUUGAAAUAUUUAUAGAUCGAUUUGCACAAACUCAUUCUCGCAAUAAGCCUACAAAAAUAUUCUAUUUAUUAUUGGAUACAUAAAGAUUACCCAAAAAGCAGAGUUCGAAUUUCGCGCGUCGAAAGGUCUGUAGAGGUGCGCCAAGGUCAUCCGAGUGUCGCCGUCGUCGUCGCAGAGCGAAUCGCACAGCUGAGCAGAAGCAGCACGAAGAGGGUAGAUUAUUCAGCGAGCUGAUAAUCAAUUUAUCCGCCUAAAAAUGAUGCGAGCAUCGCUUCAGUUCAUCCGUCGGGUGGGCACCAAACCAGAAGAUCAAACUAAGAUCAUCGGCCCAACCCUGCAGCAAUGGGUGUACAACAAAGCUGGAUUCAACCAAUAUGGUCUGAUGCGAGAUGACAUGAUCCAUGAGACACCAGUUGUUAAGGAAGCUCUGCGUCGUUUGCCCGAAGAUGUCUUGGAUGCAAGGAACUUCCGGAUUGUCAGAGCUGGUUACCUCUGCUUGAGGAAGGACGUUCUUCCCAAGGAGCAGUGGACAAAGUUGGAAGAAGAUGUCAUGUACCUCCAGCCAUACAUCAAAGAAGUUGAAGCAGAGAUCGCUGAGAAAAAGGAGUGGGAGAAGGAAUGAGCAGCUCUAGUACACCUCAUCUGAUGAGUGCAACAUCUAGCUAAGAGUCAUUUGCAAUCUAUUCUAUUCAUCUAAAUAUCGCAUUACCUUCCUUUUCAGGGCGAUUCUUGUACAUAAAAUAUAAUAAUAUUAUAGAAAUGUUGAAGAAAAUGAAUAAAAUGUCUCAUUAAAACUGAA